AUGAGGAGGCAUUCCAUCUUCCUAUUAAGCCGUAGUCAAGUAUUUUCUUGCCAUUUACACCGAGGUUCCACCACAAGAGAAUUCUUAUUCUUGUUCCGAUUUAAUAAUUCAUUGACCCAAAAUCUAUCUUCCUUAAGCUCAAUCAGUACAAGAGCCUUUCCUGAUUUUUCACCAAAGAAACCUUCAAUUAGGGACUCUGAACUUGUCCACCAUAUCUCAACUACCAUCAAACAACGGCAAUCUGAACCCCUUCGCCUUCUUCUGAAGCCAUUUGAAUCCAAAUUCAGGCCUGACCACCUCAUUUGGGUUCUCAUGAACAUAAAGGAUGAUUACAGAUUAGUUUUGGAUUUCUUUGACUGGUACUGUGUAAGAAGGGAUCCAUCACUUGAAGCUUGUUGCAUUAUAAUUCAAAUUGCAGUGGCCGCAAAAGAUCCAAAGAUGGCUCAAGAACUUUUCUCUGAGUUCUGGACAAAGGCCAGUACUAAUGUUAGUUUCUCUUUCUCCCGUGUUCUCGAAAAGUUAAUAUACACUUAUAAGGGUUGGGGUUCAAAUCCAUAUGUGUUUGACAUUUUCUUUCAAGUCCUUACUGAAGCUGGAACUCUUGAUGAUGCGAGAAAGCUUUUCAGUAAGAUAUUGAAUUUUGGUUUGAUUCUAUCUGUUGAUUCCUGUAACUUAUUCCUUUCUAGACUGUUAAAUAAUAUCAAUGGUCCUAAAAUGGUAUUGAAGGUGUUCAGCGAAUUUGCUGAAGCAGGUAUUUCUUGGAAUACUGCAUCAUAUAACAUAAUGAUUCAUUCACUUUGUCUAAUUGGGAAAGUGAAAGAAGCUCAUAGCCUACUGUUGCUAAUGGAGUUCAGGGGCUGCAUUCCUGAUGCUAUAAGUUAUAGUACUGUAAUCAAUGGAUAUUGUAGUGCUAAAGAACUUCGAUCAAUGUUGAAAGUUUUAGAAGAUAUGCGACUUAAGGGAUUGAAACCAAAUGCAUAUACCUUUAACAGCAUAAUCCUUCUUAUGUGCAAUACUGGUAGUGUAGUGGAUGCAGAGAAGGUCUUGAGGGAGAUGAUGUCUCAGGGAAUCAUUCCAGAUAAUGUAGUUUACACCACUCUCAUUGAUGGUUUCAGCAAAAUUGGAAAUGUUGCUUCUGCAGUAAGAAUGUACAACGAAAUGCAGAGCCAGGACAUUGUUCCUGAUUUUAUAGCAUACACUGCUCUCAUUUGGGGUCAUUGUCAAAAUGAAAAAAUUGCAGAAGCAAAUAAGCUGUUCAACGAAAUGCUUAGCAUUGGGUUAAAACCUGAUGAAUUUACUUAUACUACGCUGAUUGAUGCUUACUGCAAGACAGGUGACAUUAAAAUGGCAUUUUCUCUUCAUAAUGAGAUGGUUCAGAUUGGACUGGUUCCUAACGUUGUCACUUACACUGCACUGGUUGAUGGACUCUGUAAACAUGGGGAUGUCGAUGCAGCAAAUGAACUGAUUCAGGAAAUUCGAGAAAAGGGACUUGUUCUAAAUAUCUACACAUACAAUUCACUUCUCAAUGGCCUUUGUAAAUCUGGAAAUAUAGGGCAAGCAGUAACGUUAAUGAAAGAUAUGGAGGUAGCAGGCAUACAGCCUGAUGUUUUUACCUAUACUUCUCUAAUGGAUGCUUAUUGCAAAUCUGGAGAGAUGGUUAAGGCACAUCAGCUUCUACGUGAGAUGUUGCAUGAAGGGAUUCAACCAACUGCUGUUACAUUCAAUGUUCUGAUGAAUGGAUUUUGUAUGUCAGGGAUGCUAGAAGAUGGUGAGAAGCUUCUCCAGUGGAUGUUGGAGAAGGGUAUAAUGCCAAAUGCCACCACUUACAAUUCUCUGAUGAAGCAAUACUGUGUUAGAAAUAAUAUGCGUGCAGCAGCGGAGAUUUACAGGGGCAUGGGUCAUCAAGGAGUAAUGCCAAAUGAAAAUACAUAUAACAUAUUGAUACGAGGACAUUGCAAGGCAAGGAAUAUGAAGGAAGCAUGGUUUCUGCAUAAGGAAAUGGUAGAGAAGGGAUUUGAUCUUACAUUCGAUACCUACCAUGCACUGAUUAAAGGUUUUAUAAAGAGGAAGAAGUACCUUGAAGCUAGAGUUCUGUUUAAAGAGAUGAGAAGUAAAGGUAUUUUUGCAGAUAAGGAAUUGUACUUAAUCUUUGCAGAUAUGAACUAUGAUGAAGGGAACAUUGAUAUGACUCUUGAGCUUUGUGAUGAAGCCAUAGAAAAUUGUUUUAUGGAUAUGAACAAAGGCGGGCAGACAUAA